GGCCCGGCUGGGUCCGAGCAUCCCGCGGCUUCCAACAAGCGCGCCGGACAUGGCGCCCGUCCGGGCCUCGCCGCAAGGCAUGCUGCUCCUUCUCCUGGCCGUGACGGGGGUCGCGGCGGUGGCAGCAGGACUGGCGCCGGGCAGCGUAGGUGUACUGUGUUGUAAUCAUUCGAAGGACAACCAGAUGUGCCGUGACGUGUGUGAACAGAUUUUCUCCUCAAAAAGCGAGUCCCGCCUGAAGCAUCUGUUGCAGCGAGCCCCCGACUAUUGCCCGGAAACCAUGGUUGAAAUCUGGAGUUGUAUGAACUCGUCUUUGACAGGUGUGUUUCAGAAGUCUGACAGCUGGGUCGGCUUAGGCUGCUGUGAGCUGGCUGUGGCCUCGGAGUGUCGGCAGGCGUGCAAACAGGCAUCUUCAAAGAAUGACAUUUCCAAAGUUUGCAGAAAAGAACAUGAGAAUGCUCUUUUCAGUUGCAUUAACAGAAAUGAAAUGGGCUCGGUGUGCUGCAGUUACGCAGGUCAUCACACAAACUGCCGAGAGUACUGCCAAGCCAUCUUCCGAACAGACUCAUCUCCUGGCCCGUCGCAGAUCAAAGCCGUGGAAAAUUACUGUGCCUCUAUUAGUCCACAGUUAAUACACUGUGUGAACAAUUAUACCCAGUCAUAUCCGAUGAAGAACCCAACAGAUAGUUUGUAUUGCUGUGACAGAGCGGAGGACCAUGCCUGCCAGAGUGCCUGCAAGAGGAUCCUGAUGUCUAAGAAGACAGAAAUGGAGAUCGUAGACGGCCUCAUCGAGGGCUGUAAGAAACAGCCCUUGCCUCAAGAUCCCCUUUGGCUCUGUUUUCUUCAAGGCUCACUGUCUCGUCACCCUGGGGUCACUGCACACCCUCCUCCCUCCACAGGCCUGGAUGGGGCUAAAUUGCAUUGUUGUUCUAAAGCCAACACUUCAACGUGUAGAGAACUGUGCACUAAACUUUACAGCAUGAGUUGGGGCAACACGCAGAGCUGGCAGGAGUUCGAUCGCUUCUGCGAGUACAACCCCGUGGAAGUGCCCAUGCUGACCUGCUUGGCAGACGUCCGGGAGCCUUGCCAGCUGGGCUGCAGGAACCUCACGUACUGUACUAAUUUUAACAACAGAUCAGAUUGCGUGGAAAUCCUCAAGAAAUGUGGAGACCGGAAGAGAUUCCCUGAAGACCACACAGCGGAAAGCAUCUGUGAGCUCCUGUCGCCUACGGAUGACCUGGAGAGCUGCAUCCCUUUGGAGACAUACCUCAGUAAGAACGUCUCCCUGCUGCCUCUGCCCUUGCUAUGCAUCCCCAAACCACAAGUCUGCCUGACAACCUAUGAUAAAUUUGGAUGUAGCCAGUAUGAGUGUGUGCCAAGGCAGCUCACCUGUGACCAGGCCCACGAUCCUGUUUGUGACACGGACCACACGGACCACAGCAACCUCUGCACUUUAUACCAGAGAGGGAAAGCACUCUCAUACCGAGGCCUGUGCCAGCCCUUCUGCAGAGCCACAGAGCCUGUGUGCGGACACAAUGGGGAGACUUACAGUAGUGUGUGUGCUGCCUACUCGGACCGGGUGGCCGUCGAUUACCACGGACCCUGCCAGGCCGUUGGGGCCCUCUCAGAGCACGGCUCUGUCACCGAGUGCGCUGCUGUGAAGUGUCCUUCGCUCUCAGCGACUGGGUGCAAACCCAUCAUCCCACCCGGUGCGUGUUGCCCGUUAUGUGCUGGGAUGUUAAGAGUUUUGUUCGACAAGGAAAAACUGGACACGAUUGCUAAGGUGACAAACAAAAAGCCAAUAACGAUUCUGGAAAUACUUGAGAAAGUCCGCAUGCACGUGUCCGUGCCCCAGUGCGACGUGUUUGGCUACUUCAGCAUCGAGUCCGAAAUUGUCAUCCUCGUCAUCCCGGUUGAUCAGUGUCCCAAAGCUCUGCAGAUCGAGGCCUGCAAUAGAGAAGCAGAGAAGAUCGAAUCCCUCAUCAACUCUGACAGCCCCACUCUGGCGUCGCACGUCCCCCUCUCCGCCCUCGUCAUCUCCCGGGUCCAGGUCUCCAGCAGCGUGCCGGCGGCCGGCACCAGGGCCCGAGCUCCGUGCCGCUGCUGCCUCCUCCUCUUCAGCCUGGGCCUCGCCUCCCCCCUGCUGUGGCCACAGAACUGA